AUACAUAAGGGACAAGUGAUGACUAAUUACUACCGACUCAUCAAUAAGACGGGUGGCUAUACAUGGCUGCAGACGUGCGCCACAUUGAUAUCGACCAACACGUCGACGAGUAAGGGGGCGGCCAGUAGUAGCACACCGACGCCCACCUCCUCGGCGGCCACCAGUGGCGACGAUCACGAACAGAGCAUUAUAUGUGUUAAUUAUGUCUUAAGUGCUGUCGAGUUCAACGACGUGGUGAUGGACACGAGUCAACUGAACGGCGGUUCGGUGCCCAACACCCCCACCCCACCCGUCAUCCACCACUCGAUCGUCAAUAAACGACAGGCGAAUCACUCGAUCAAAAGGUCGCUGUCGUCGACGCCGUCGCCGCCCGACGUCUCCGGAGGCGGCGCCCCAUUGAGUCACUCGACGCCCGACCCGCACAACAACAACACCACUCACUCCCAGCAACAACACGUGUCUCACGUUAGUCACGGCCCGCCGGCCCCACCGGUCCCCACAGGACCGCCACUAUUACCGCAGGCGCCCACAGCGGCUACGGCACCAGUAGUGGCCGUCACGCAAGCGAACGGUUCGCCGGGAUCUCCGGCCGACGCCAUCGCCAGCGAUAGUGCCAAACGGCGACGCUUUAACUCUAGUCCAGUGCGGCCCUGGAAGUCGCCCUCACCUCCCCCUCCACCCAACGUGUGUCAGCAGGUGGUGGUGGGCGCCGGCGUCGGUUUAGGGGGCCAGGAGUCGGCCAACUCGGCCUCCAGUCUGUUACGGCACAUAAGUGUGAUAAGAGAGACGCCCCCCAUAUUGAAGCCCCAGGUGGUGGCGCCGGCCUAUCACCCGGCCCACCACGCGCACCAUUACCACCAUCUAGUAGAUCCCUAUGCGGCCGCCUAUCAUCUGUAUAAGAAUGGCAGCGGAGGGCCACCGAUGACCGCACAGCCCACCCCUGCCGUGCCCUCGACGGCCGCCCACCAUCACUGGGGGGCUUAUAAUUGACGGCAUGUUUUUUGGGGUACUUUUUAUUGUAUAAUAAUUUAAUUGACAAACUUUUGACGCGAGUGUCAAAAGUGUUUUUUGUUUUUCCAUCCCUUUCCCCUUAACAUGAAGUUUUUCACACCACCAUUCAGACAAUAUGUUUUUGACAGCACUUUAAGUACUGCUAAUUAUUUUGGAUUAGGAUUACAAAACA